AUGGGCCUCACGAAGCAGUUCGACAUCUCCUCCGCAGACGUGGGCCGCGGGCAUGUCGUGCAGGCGCUGCACUCGUCUGCGCCGCUGAUUGCGGUGACUGGCUCGAAGGGCCGGGUACUCAUCCUGAACAAGCUGGGCAAGGUGGAGCAUCAGUUCCCCAUGCCGGGUGUCGUGGACAUGGCGUGGGACUGCGGCAGUGACACACUCGCCAUCAUCACUAGAAGCUCCUCUGAUGUGCACCUGUACGCGCAUCGCACACGCCACACUGACACCAUAGACACAAAGCUGAGCGACCUGCGCUUCAUCUGCUGGUCUCCUUCGCAGCCGCAGUUCGCUAUCGGCGCGAAGAGCGGUCAGUUCGUAGUGUACAACCGGAGGACCCUGCGGCUUGUGCCGGUGGUGGGCACGCACACGCAACAGCUUCUCUCCGGUGUGUGGACCCCCGGGCCAGACAGCCGUCUCUUGAUUAUCUCAGCAGACCGCAGUUUGUCCAUCUCUGACGCGGAAGGCAACACGCUGAAAACGAUUCCGUUGCCUUCGGCGCCGCAGUCUGUGUGCGUUUCGGGGACGGCCAGCUCGCCGAAGAGCUUGAGCCUCGCCGCCGUGAACCUCGGCAACACGGUAAUGGUUGUCGACCUUCGGUCGUUCUCAACGGCAGCCGGCCAAUUCAACUCCGGGCUUGGCCUCAUCACAUCCUUGACUGCCUGCAUCAAUGGCGAGUUCGUGGCAGGGUUUAAGAGCGGCGCGGUGGGUCUGCUGGACCUGGCCGGCAGUGAGGUGCGGCUGCGUAGCUCCGUCAGCGUGUCGAAGAGCGCCGUGCACAUGGUGAACUUCGGCGAGGGCAGCGGUCUCGUCGCGGCGGUCGCUGAGAACCGUGUGCGCCUGCUGCGCAUCAACGAUGACGGUAUCGCGGCCACCGGCGACGAGGCAACGUUCGAGUCGGACAAGGGGGUACCAGACUUGCUCACGUGGUCGAGAGAUGGUCAGCAGCUUCUCCUCGGCACGGACCAUGGCAAUGUUACCGUGUUCACGCUGAAAGUGUUAAACGUCAGCGCCUCCUACGGCACGCUCGUCUUCUCCUUCAUCUCCACCCGCACGAUUGGGGUGAAGAACUUGCAGGACAACCGCAUGGUCUGCACGGUACCGGUGAACAGUGACCCGACGUUCAUUUCAGCUGGCAUGGCGAUGCUCGGGGUGGGCGCGAACAACCAGGUGUCCUACUACGAAUACUUCAUCCCCAAUAGCCUCCCAUACCCCAUGGUGGACGCGGCCAAGAAUGUGGCAGAGGCAUCGCAGCAGGCUCACUCGGCGUUUCUGCUGACGGUGGAGUACCCGUCAACGGUCACCGAUCUGAAAGUGAACUCGCAGCUGGCGGCAGUUGUGUGCGAUGGACGAGUGCAGGUGAGUCCGAUCCGCGACACCCCACAGGCCGCCGCUCCAGUGUACUUCCCACAGAGCGGCGACACUCGCCUCGUGUCCAUCGGCCUCUCCGAGGCGUUUUUCCUCUACGCCACGACAAACCGCGUGAGCGUGUACGCGCUGCAUAACUUCCAGCAGGUGGCAACGUUUACAUGUAACACGGGUGUCAAGCGCGCCUUUCCGAAUCCCGCCUGCACGCACGUCGCCUACGUGGACGAGAGCAACGACCUCUUCAACCUCAAUCUCGUCACGGAGGUCGCCAACAAGGCGGAGGGCUUUGAACCGGACCAGAAGACGGUACUGUGGGACCAGGCCGAGGCUACAGUCUUCAUGACGCACGACAGUCAGAAAUGCGUGACCUUCGUGAAUACGCCGCACAGUCGCCACGGCGCGACCUGUGAGUCGGUGCUGGUGAAGGACACCACCAACGCAAACUUGUACACGCCACUGCCAUCGGACUACACCCCCAUCGCACUCUUUCGUGGCACGGUUGUGUGCCAGACGUCGAACGGGACGCUGGACACGGUGCCGCUGCAGACGCACACGAACAUCUUUCUGCGAACCCCCAACGCCGAGGCAUUCUACAAUAACUUCUCGCUGAAUCGACUGCGGUGGUCGUCGAACAACAUUUCCACUCCGCAGGAGGCAGAGGACUUGGCUGUGAAAGCGUUGCACAUGCUGGACGUGGAGCUUGCAAUCCGCGUCUAUCGGCAGCUAUCGCAGCCGAGCCUUGUGCUGUGUCUGGAGAAGAUCCGUCACAUCCACGAGAAGAACCUGCUGCUCGGCCACGUGUCAAUGAUCAUGGGGUACGUGAAGGACGCGCAGAACUUCUUUCUUCGCUCCUCGCAACCGCUCUGCGCAUUAGAGAUGCGACGUGACAUGAUGCAGUGGGAGCGCGCCCUCACCCUGGCAGCGCAGCUGGCGCCAGAGGAAGUGCCCGUCAUCUCACGCGAGUACGCACAGCAGCUCGAAUACCGCGGCGUGUACGCGAAGGCGCUAGAGAUGUUUCAGCAAGGUCACCGCCAGCUCCCGACCGGCCAAGCGAGCACGGAGCUGGCGGUGACUAUGCAGGAGGUGGAGCGGCAUAAUGAGCAGUGCCGGCAGGGUGCGGCCCGUUGCCAGAUUCGCACCGGCAGCAUUGCCGACGCCAUGAAGAUUGCAAAGGAGUCGACGGAGAUGCCAUUUGUGAAGGAGUGCGCCAAGCUUUGCGAGGACAACCAGAAGCACGAGGAGGCGGCGCAGCUCUACGAGAAGGCCCGCGACCUUGAGCGGGCGGCAACGAUCUACAUCGAGCGAUGCAAGAACUUGAAGGCGGCGGCGCGUCUGCUGCCUCUCAUCAAGUCGCGCAACAUCAUCGGCAUCUACGCCCACGGCAAGGAGGCGGAGGGGGCCUUCGCAGAUGCUGAGAAGGCCUACCUGCAGGCCGAGGAUUGGGACAAUGCGGUGCGGCUGAAGCUAGAGAAGCUGAACGACCUCCAUGGCGCCUACCUCAUUGUACGGCAGACUCGCUCCGCCAACGCGGCCGCCCUCGUUGCCAAGAAGUGCAAGUCGCAGAACGAGUAUGGCAUGGCGGUCGAGUUUCUCGUCCUGGCCAAGUCGCUGGACGAGGCCUUCGAGCUGGCAAAGGCCCAUGACUGCAUGUUCCACUUCGAGAGUGCCUUGCUGAACCAGGUCCAGCUGAAGGACGGCGUCGCCCCGCUAGCGGACCAGGCAGACUUUACCAUGAUUGCGGAGUACUACGACAAUGAGGGCAAGGCCGGACAGGCUGGCAUGUACUACCACAUUAGCGGCAACUACGCCAAGGCCCUCAAGAAGUAUCUCGAGUCAGGGCAGCCCGAGGACAUCGAGAAGGCGGUGGAGGUGGUAGGCAAGGCGCACAGCGACAGCCUGACGAACAAGUUCAUUGACUACCUCAUGGGCGAGACGGACGGCGAGCCAAAGGACCCAUCGUACAUCUUCAAGCUCUACUUAGCCAUGGGCAGCUACGAGAAGGCGGCCAAGACGUCUGUCAUCAUUGCGGCGAAGGAGCAGGAGAUGGGCAACUACAAGAGCGCGCACAAGACCCUCGUGGAGGCCUACAGCAUUCUUCAGCAGAAGAACAUGCGUGUGCCGAACGACCUACGCCGCGCGUUGAUGCUGCUGCACUCCUACAUAAUCGUCAAGGACUUGCUCAAGAUCAUGAAGAAUGAAGACACGGCAUGCCGCAUGCUGCUGCGCGUGUCCCGCAACAUACAGAAGUUUCCGAAGCACGUUGCCAACAUUGUCACCACUACUGUGCUGCAGUGUAUCAAGUCAAACUUCAAGAAGUCCGCCUUCGAGUACGCCUGCUUCCUUAUUCAGAACGAGAAGUACCGGACGGAGAUGACGGAGAAGUCACGCAAGAAGAUUGAGGGCAUCGUGCGCCGUCAUAGCAAGGACGACGCUGUCGACCCAGUCGAACCGAUGCUACCCUGCCCCUACUGUGACGCGCCUGUUGCCGAGACGGAACUAGACUGUGGCGCCUGCAAGAACACAAUCCCCUUCUGCAUUGUGACGGGCAAGCACAUCGUGAAGAACGACUACACAGCGACCCCUUGCUGCGGCUUCCCUGCUACCUACUCGGCGCUGAUGACGCGGCUGAGCGAGACGCUCACGUGCCCGAUUUGUGGGGCGACCGUUGACAUCAGCAAGGUGAACUGUGUGGCCGAUCCGGAGUUGAAGGCGCUUCUCUAG